GAGAGGUGAAAAGUCAUGGCGGCUGACAGUUUGUAAUGAGCCAACGAAAACAGCAAAGAUUUUGCAAGUUGGAUCUGCAGCAUUUCUUCCAAGGCUGAGCAUUAAAAACUAAGUCGACUAAAAUGCAGUUAACUUUGAAAACGUUACAACAGCAGACGUUUAAAAUUGACAUCGAUGAAGAGGAGACGGUAAAAACGUUAAAAGAAAAAAUUGAAGAGGAGAAGGGGAAGGAUGGGUUUCCAGUUGCUGGACAGAAACUAAUAUAUGCUGGUAAAAUUCUCAGCGAUGACCAAGCCCUCAAAGAAUACAAAAUUGAUGAGAAGAACUUUGUGGUGGUUAUGGUGACAAAGCCUAAAGCCGCCGCUGCAGCUCCAAAGCAGUCACCCGCCACGUCAGCUCCCACAACUACAGCUCCUCCUGCACCUCCUGCUUCAUCAUCAUCAUCCUCUUCAGACAGCGCCUCCACAGACAGCAAGCCAGAGGAGGAACGACGGCCGCCAACUGCCGAACCAACCUCCACCCCUGUCGGCCGAAGCUCCGAGGUGUCGACAAACACCAGUUUAAUCGAUGAGGCAGUAUCAUCUUUAGUGACGGGUGCAUCGUAUGAGGCCAUGGUGACAGAGAUGAUGCUCAUGGGCUAUGAGAGAGAGCAGGUGGUGGCGGCUCUGAGAGCUAGUUUCAACAACCCAGACAGAGCAGUGGAGUACCUCCUCACGGGCAUCCCAGGCAGAGAUCAGGGCCAUGCAACAGGGCCCGAUGCAGUGGCCUCUCCAGUGACUGGAGAUCCAGCUGCACCCACGGGGGGGGAUAAUGCUCCUGCCAGCACUGGGUCCUCACCGACCUCUGGGGAAGGUAAUCCUCUGAGUUUCCUCAGGAAUCAGCCUCAGUUCCAUGUCAUGCGUCAGUUGAUCCAGCAGAAUGCAGCUCUGCUUCCUGCUCUGCUGCAGGAGAUCGGCAGAGAAAACCCAGAGCUUCUGCAGGAGAUUAGUAACCAUCAAGAGCAGUUUAUCCAGAUGCUGAAUGAACCCAAUCCAGAGCCGGUGCCAGUCGGAGGAGGAGGAGUUAGUGGGGGGGCAGGAGGAGCCGGAGGAGGAGGAGGAGGAGCAGAUCUCCCCAGUGGAAGUCACAUGAGCUACAUCCAGGUCACCCCACAGGAGAAAGAGGCCAUCGAGAGGCUAAAAGCCUUAGGAUUUCCAGAGGGACUUGUUAUACAAGCCUACUUCGCCUGUGAGAAGAAUGAGAACUUGGCUGCAAAUUUCCUUUUACAACAGAAUUUCGAUGAUGAUUAAGAACCAUCUCUGUUUUCACUUUCUUUUUUUUUUUUUUCUUAUUUCUUCCUCUACUUUUUGAUCGACAAUAAGUUUAUGUGUACAAGACCUUUUUACAUUUCUUCCAAUUUUAUUCACUUCCACAUUCACCUCUGAAUGACACUGAAUAGAAUGAUUCUGACAGUGUUUUGUCUUGUUUGAUUUUUGUUUUUCUCUGUCUUUUUUCAAGUUGACUUAAUGGAGAAAAAACAUUAAAACUGUGCAUAAUGAACAAACAA